CCGCUGCCUGUCUGACCGCAGCCGCCGGCAGGAGAGCGCACACCAGCAGGAUCCUCAAAGUUUUUGUCCCCUUCACAUUCAUUUUUUUGAUAGCGCCUGUUCUCUUUAUCCACAUAAUGAAGGAAAGAAGACUCACCCAGCCUUUUGUGGCGAGAUGUAAACUAGUGCUGGUUGGGGACGUCCAAUGCGGUAAAACCGCAAUGUUACAAGUCUUGGCAAAGGAUUGCUACCCAGAGACUUACGUCCCCACUGUGUUUGAAAACUACACAGCCUGUCUGGAGCUUGAUGACCAACGUGUUGAGCUCAGCCUUUGGGACACAUCAGGUUCUCCGUACUAUGACAACGUCAGGCCGCUCUGCUACAGCGACUCAGACGCAGUGCUCCUCUGCUUUGACAUCAGCCGGCCAGAUAUAGUAGACAGUGCGCUGAGGAAGUGGAAAGCAGAGAUCCUGGAUUUCUGCCCCAGCACACGGAUCCUGCUCAUAGGCUGCAAAACAGACCUGCGCACGGACGUCUGCACGCUCAUGGAGCUGUCCAAUCAGAAGCAGACUCCCAUCUCCCAUGAACAGGGCUCCACCUUGGCCAAGCAGCUGGGAGCGGAGGCUUACCUGGAGUGCUCGGCCUUCACGUCGGAGAAGAGCAUCCACAGCGUGUUUCGCACCGCAGCGCUGGCCUGCAUGAACAAGCUGCAGCCGGCCAGCAAGCCCAGCCCCGUGCGCCGCCUCUCCAAGAGACUCCUCCAUCUGCCCAGCAAGACAGAGCUGCUCUCCUCCACCUUCAGCAAGGACAAGUCCAAGAGCUGCUCCAUCAUGUGAAUGAAACGCAUACUGCAAGGACAAGUUGAGCAGGGGAAAGAGAGGUGUAAGGGGGAUUUCUGUUUUCUGUAGAGCCUCUCUCUCCUCUGCAGCAUCCUCCCCAGCCGCCCUGACAGCCACUUCAAAAAGACCGCCACACUCCAUAUAAAUUCGGCUAUGAUACCGGUCUUUUUGAUCAUUACUUGUUGGCAACACAUAGUCCAGAGACAGAGUGAAAAAUGUUUGAUAUUAAGUAUAUGCUUUUGUAAAUUACCUGGCAGUUUAGGUUCAGAUUAAUCUUGCACACGUACAAAGAGAGCACAGCAGGCACUUUAAGAUGCAGACCUGUGAGACGAUGGGGUCUCCUAUUCCUCACAUAUAUGUUGCUGUGUGAAAGUGAGCUCAUGUAAGGUCAGCACCCUCUCUUUGCCAUGGAGAAAGUAGUUGUAAACAUUUAAAUUGAUUGCAUUAUGCUGAUGAAACCCAUUUGAAAUUCAGAUGCCCGUGCCCUUUCCCAUCCAUCCCUCUUUCUCCGAGCAUCUCCGAAGAGCGCGAUAUGGACUGAGUGAUGGGAUGAAGUGUCAAAUCUGACAGCAAGCGAGAGCAUUGGUAUCCAGAGAAAUGUAGCUUUGGGAAUUUAAAACAGAGGUCCUGGAAGGAAUUAUUCCCCCAUUGACCCUUCACAGUAUUCCGUUUGGAAAUUAAAUCUGACAGCGGAGGAAAGGGUAGAGCAGGGAGGGAUUUGGCGAGCAGAGUGCUCAUUUGCAAAGGCAGUAGGAGGAUGAACCGAGAGCACAUCUGAAGGAGCGGAAUGUGACUCAACGCUCACAUGGGCCACAAACCGACUGGGGUGGACAUGCUGUGACAAAAAAAAAAAAAAAAAGAAAAAGAAAAAGAAAAGACACAAAAACAAAAAUCCAGAGCCAUGUAGAGACUGUAAAGCAUGUUUUUGUAAGACUCUGUUCCUUUAUCCAUCAUCACAUCAGUCUUAAUUGCCUCAUUAACACACUGUAAAGACAUGUUUUUUUUUAGUGGUCUCAGACGAUGUGAUGCAUCAUCUGUUCCCUGCUAUAAGAGCUGCUCACUGGAUACCAGUUUUUAGUACUGAAAAAAGAAAAUCAUUGUUUUUUUUUUUGUGCAUUUUACAAGAUAAAAAAGGGAAGUCCACCUGGAUAAAAUGGUUUAAAUAUGCCAAAAACAGUUAGCACAAAAUAUUCCUCGGAGAUACACAACAAUUUAAAGAGAAAUAACUUUUAAUUGCAAAAUUGAAAGUCAAGUUGGCCCGCUCAUUAAGCCUAAACAAGCUCCCCAGUGCUGGGGGACAAGCUGAAUUUUCAACGCUAACAAUGUCACGUCCCAUUCCAAGACGCCUGCAUAGGUGCAUUAACACGACAUGUCCCCGGGCUGAUGCUGGCCAGGAGGGACAUGGCUGAAUUUAAACAUACAAACAGGCUGGUCCUGUUUGGGGAAAGAUAUUGGUCUUCUUUUUCUUUCUUCUUAUGGCUUUAAAAUGCUUUAUGAAUUUAUAUUUUAAGGUUUCCUCACAAGUAUUCUUGACAUCCUCCGUUUUUCUUUUUAAAUAGCUUUUCUGGGUGUUUCUAAUCGCUCGUGGUAUGUCUUUUUUGCUGUUUUUGUAGUUGUUGAUGUUGUUCUCGUAUUCACUUUGAGUCUUCUGGCGUCGGGGGCUGUUGACAGCUCGGCUAAUGGAGGACUUGAUGAUUUGUAGGUUUGCACAGAAGCCCAGAGUUCUUUGGACGUACAGAACACUGGAAUUUAAUGUGUUGCCUAGCAACAGUGUGAGCAGGGGCAGGCGUGAGCAGGGCUCCUGUCUCGCAGAGAGAGAGGGAUGGCUCUCCGAGAGGGUGCCUCACCUUUUAUUUGUAGCAUUACACAGAAACCACAGCUAAGGUGAUGGCUAGACAUUUCAGGGAGCGGUGGGCUAUUCACAAUCUCUAUGUGGGCUUGAGGACCUCACACCGGUAGCAGCCUCCGAUGGGUUAUUUGAAGCAACACACCAUUUAAAAACACGUUUUUAAAGCUGUCUGGACCUCUGCAGUCAUUAAUUCAUGUCUUAGUCCUAGUCGGAGCACCUGUUUGUGUGCAGCUCUAUUCAAACAAGCUCCGUUUUGUUGAAUAUCCAGCCAUCAUUUCACCAUUUCUACUCUUUUGCUUGUUUUUCUGCAGACAGACAUGUGUCGUUGUACAUAUCCUUCCUAUUGUAAAUCUGUUUAUUAGAACCCCCCCCCCCCCAAAAAAAAGAAUGUUACUGACGCAAAAUGAAAUGUUUCUGUGAACUAGCCGGUAAUGGCUUUAAUUUAUUGAUUGAAUUCUGUAUUGGUUAUUGUCAUACGCUAUUUUGUUCUCAAAACCUGGAUUUGAAUAAAUAUUUCUGAAGUUCUU